CGUUAAUGCAACCGGAAGGCGAAGGAAGGACUAACGCCUGGACACGUCACUACCUCACCCAAACGGACCCAAUCCUCACCGCGUCGCCCCCGCCGCCGGCCAGCCGCCGCCGCCGUCGCCCAGGAGGCUUGCAGAGAUGUCCCUCUGCUGCUUCAGCAGCAGCACCGCCGCCGCCGCCGCCGCCCGCCGUUUCCUCCUCCCUCACCUCUUCCUAGGCCGCCGCCGCCACCGCCACCGCCACGACCAAGUCCGCUACACAAUCCUCCACCACCCGAGGACCCACACCACCGCCGCCCCACCCGCCGCCGCCGCCUCCACCACCCGCCUCUCGCCGUCGCAGCAGCGCCAGGUUUCCCUCUACGUGGACGCCCUCCUCGACUGGAACCAGAGGAUGAACCUCACCGCCGUCACCGACGAGGGCGAGGUCAUGACGCGCCACGUGGCCGACUCCCUCGCCGUGCUGCCCCCGCUCGAGCGCGCGUACCGCGGCGAUUUGGGUGGGAUGAGGCUUGUCGAUGUCGGCUCCGGUGCUGGGCUCCCCGGCCUCAUCCUCGCCGUUGCGCGCCCAAGCUGGAAAUUUACGCUGUUGGAGUCGAUGCAGAAACGGUGCUUGUUCUUGGAGCAUGCUGUUGAGGUCAUGGGGUUGUCAAAUGUGGAUGUGGUGUGUGACCGAGCUGAGAAUGUUGGCCAAAGUCCUGAUUUCCGGGAGGCAUUUGACGUAGCAGUAGCAAGAGCAGUUGCAGAACUGAAAGUUUUAGCCGAGUACUGCCUCCCGUUAGUCCGAAUUGAUGGUUUAUUUAUAGCUGCGAAAGGACACAAUCCCCAUGAAGAAAUAAAAAAUGCUAAAAGUGCAGUACAUAAGUUGGGUGCCUCCAUGUUAGAAAUAUGUGAUGUUGAAUCUAUGGGACCUCAUGGUCAACGGACGGCUGUUGUGUACAUAAAGGAGUGCAUUACUCCAAAGAAAUACCCGCGGCAUCCAGCUGGUGUUAUCCAGGUACUCCUUCGAAGAUGCCCUUAUGAGAAGAAUGUUCACUUUGCUGUAGAUUUACAAAUUUACAAUAGCCAAAAGCUGAAAUCCGUGGUUAGCCUCACUUGAAUGAUAUUGGCUGGAAGGAUUAUUCAUAAAUCAUGGAAGGAUUGUUACACCGUCCUGAUAUCAGUUAUUUGAUGAAUCAGACUAACAAAUCGUUAAGCAUUUUUUAAAGUGUAAUAAUUUCUAGGAUUGUCACUGUAACAAUGUUGCAGUAGAAAAAAUAGCAUGAAUUGCUUGUUGUACCAUCCAUUUUCCGUUGACUAUCAAUGUUUCUUGUGAACGACAUAGAAUAUAUGUUGUUAGUAGGAUACAUCCCAAAGUUUUCAA